CAGCAUGGCGCUGUCCGCCCUGGAGCGGGACCCGGCGGGCGGGGGUCGCUUCGCCUCCGCCGUGCCCCCCCCGUGCCGCCGCCGGCCCUGCGCGCUCGGCGUGGACGAGGCGGGCCGGGGGGCCGGUGCUCGGCCCGAUGGUUUACGCCAUCUGUUACUGCCCGAGGAGCAGCAGGAGGAGCUGCAGGCGCUGGGGCGGCAGGGUUUGGGGGUUUCCAGGGGGGUCCCUCACCCCUUUGAGCCCCCAGACUCAAAGACGCUGUCGGAGGCGGAGCGGGAGCGGCGCUUCGGGCUCCUGGAGGCGGCGGAAUCGGUGGGGUGGGCGCUGCAGGUGCUGCCCCCGACCACAUUUCCCGCCUGCAUGCAGCAGCGAGCCAAGUACAACCUGAACGAGCUCUCGCACGACGCGGCCACGGAGCUGAUCCAGUUCGCGCUCGAUUCGGGUGUCCAGGUGACCCAGGUGUUCGUGGACACGGUGGGGCCGGCGGACAAGUACGAGGCGAAGCUCCGGGGGCGUUUCCCGGGGCUGGGGGUCACCGUGCGCCCCAAAGCCGACGCCCUGUUCCCCGUGGUCAGCGCCGCCAGCAUCUGCGCCAAGGUCGCCCGGGACCGGGCCGUGCUCCACUGGAAUUUCCUGGAGGAUUUGGGGGACCCCGACCGCGAUUUCGGCUCCGGGUACCCCAAUGACCCCAAGACCAAGGAGUGGCUGAGGAGGAACCUGGAGCCGGUUUUUGGGUUCCCCCAAAUCGUGAGGUUCAGCUGGGGGACGGCGCAGGCGCUGCUGCAGCAACGGGGGGUCCCGGUGGAGUGGGCUGACGAGGACCCCCCAGGAGACCCCCAAGGCCCCCCCUCGGUGCUGCCCUUCCUCAGCCUCAGCCCCCCCCGGCGCCUCCCCCACCGAUUCUUCCGCGAGCGCAGCCUGAGACCCCUGAGCCAGCUCUGACCCCUCCCCAAAAUGGGGACCCCUCCCCAAAGCGGGGACCCCAAAA